AUGGAUUUAAAAAGAGGUAGAGGUUUAUCGACAAGAUUAAAUGCAGAACAAAGGUUUAAACAGCAGAGAUCAGAGAUAUCAAAUAUAGAUGUAUCAAAUGUAAAUAGUUGUAAAUUUGUUGGCACUGGUACUUUUGAUUGUCCAGUUAACUUGGAUGAUGACGAUGAUUUUAGUGCCCAACCAAAUAGUGAUAAAAAAAACAUAUUGGAGGAUGAUGACAUUAAUGAAAUUCAAGAAGUAUCAAAUGCACCAAUAAUUGUAGACCCAGAUAAUAUAUUUUUAACACCAGGUCAAAUUAAAAUUGGUCAAUAUGAUCAACAUCCAACAGAUCAAAUUGUUUUCUUUAAAGAGAAUCAAAUAGAAAUAACAAUACCGUUUUAUUUUUUAUCACCAAAUACAACCCUUGUAAAAAAAGAACAUAUGGUUAUAAUAGAGAUACCAUAUAAAAAUAUUAAAGAAUUUGUAGUAUCUUGCUUUAAUAAAUUCAUUAAUAUCGAUAUAUUAUUAAAUGAGUUUUCAUAUAAAAAACUUUGGUUAACCAAAAUUACCGCGUUAAAAAACUUUGAAUAUGGUAUUUCGAAUUCAAUUUCAUUUUUUGUGAUUCCAAGGGAUCAAUUCGAAGCAAUGAAACCAUUUAUUGAAAAGAAAUCUUCAAAUUUAAGACUUUCAAUGGAAAUAGAGGAUCAUAGCAAAAUGGAUAAGGUUAUUGCUCUUUAUCCACAUAUCAAGAGCACCAAAGAGUUUGUGAAUAAUAGAGAUAUAGUUAAAAUCACUUAUUCAGAUAAAUCAAGAUUAGAGCCGUCACAAUAUUUAAACGAUUCAAUUAUAGAUUUUUAUAUAAGAUAUAUUAAGGAUCAUUAUGUUUUAGAUAUUGAUAAAACUAAAUUUUAUUUCUUUAGUACAUUUUUUUAUAAUAUUAUUGGUAGUCAUAGUAAUUCAAAUACUGCAUAUACCAGAAUUUCAAAAUGGACCAAAAAUGUGGAUAUUUUUUCUUUCGAUUUCUUAUUUAUUCCAAUUUGUUUAAAUUCGCAUUGGACUUUAUUAAUUAUUUCAUUUCCCUGUCAAGAAUUUGAAACAGCAACAGAAACAAAUAAACCAUUGAUUAUAUUUUUAGAUUCAUUAAAUAGCCAAAGUUUACUCGUCAUUACAAAAAAGAUUAGGGAAUAUUUAACAAUUGAAUGGAAGCAUAAGAAAUCUGAUCCAUCUAAUGGCACAAUCCCCGAAAGAGUUUUUACUUCAAAGAAUUUGCCACUGGUUAGAGCUAAUGUCCCAAAGCAAGAUAAUCUAUUUGAUUGUGGAGUUUUUCUUUUACAUUAUAUCGAGUUGUUUUGUAGAAACCCAGAAACUAAUUUCAACGAUCCAUUAAACAGACCCCACUGGUUCACUUGCGAAGAAAUUACAACAAAAAGAGAAAAAAUUAAAAAUAUUAUUGAAACAUUGGAAGAGGAACAAAAAGAUGAUUUCACUCCAUCAAAAAAAUCUACAGCAACCCAAGAAAAAGAAUCUAAUAAUAAUGAAAAGGAUGUAGAAAUUGAAAAAGAUAUAGAGAUGGAUGAUGGGUUAGAAAAAGAGGAUAAGAAAGAGAAUCAAAAAGAAGAUAGAGCAGAGAAUGAUAUAAUAAACGGAAAUAAUUCAAUUCUACACCAAAAUGAAAUUAAACAGCAGGAAGAGAUAAAAAAAGAUGAUAUUAAACAAGACAAAAUUAAAGAAGAAACUGCACAGGAUGAAAAUAAACAAGUUGAACAACAAAAUGAUAUUAAACAGGAUCAAGUUAAAGAAGAUACUAUACAAGACGAAAAUAAACAAGUUGAACAACAAAAUGAAAAUAAUCAAACAAAACAAAACGAAUAA